AUGCUGUUUGAUAUACCAGACGAGAGAGGUGGAGCCGUGAUGGAUGAGCGGUGGAGUGACCCUCACACAUGUCACUUCCCACUCAUCCCCUUCAUACGUGCUGUCCCCAUGCCAUACAUGGCCGUAGUGUACGCUGCCAUGUGGUUAGGAGCUCUAGGCAUCAUGUUGGGUUACAAGUACCGCAUAUCAUCUUCUAUGUUCACAAUCUGCUAUUGGUACUUGUUUUUGAUCGAGAAAAGUUUCUGGAAUAAUCACAGCUACCUGUUCGGAUUGGUUGGUUUGUUGUUGACGUGCACACAAGCCAACUGUUACUGGUCAAUAGAUGCUUACCUAGAUCCCACUAUAUUAAGUGAGACGAUACCUUAUUGGAACUACUUCGUGCUCAAGUAUCAAUUCUUCAUAUUGUACUUCAUGGCAGGCGUGAAAAAGGGCACGGCCGAGUGGCUCACAGGAUACUCCGUUCAGAAUCUCGGUGAGCACUGGGUUUUUGAACCUUUCAAGUUGUUCCUGACAAUCCCCCAAAUAGAUUAUAUAAUCGUACACUGGUUUAUAUUCGUUUUCGAUCUUACGGUGGCCAUAUGGAUGAUGUGGUCGCGGAGUCGCCACGUCGCCAUGGUGUUCUGCGCAUUAUUUCAUCUCAUGAACAGCAGACUCUUUAGAAUUGGUAUGUUUCCCUGGGUCUGUCUCGCCACUAUGCCGUUAUAUUACUCAUUCAAUUGGCCAAAAGAACUAAUGACACGUUUUAAUAAACAUCUUAUGACAAUUAGAGGUCAAUGCUCUAUUUUGUUAGAAGUCGAAGAAAAUUGUAAAGAUGAAACAAAUAAUACGAAAAAUGCGGACGAGAGAAGAACCAUGGAAAAAAUUGUUGAAGAACUUAAAGGCAAUGUCUUGGGAUCUACGGAUAUCACAGAAGAAACAGAUUCAAAUAUAAUGAAAACUGAAGCAGAAAAUAAUGAAUGUCAUCCUAUUGCUGAUGAUAAUGAAGAGCAAAAUGCGUCAUCUGAAAUACCUUUACAUUGUAAAAUUAAUACGCGCCAAAGAAUCACAAUGUACAUUAUUAUUUUUCACGUGUUGAGCCAAGCUUUUUUACCUUUUUCGCAUUUUAUUACAAAGGGCUAUAAUAACUGGACAAAUGGUCUGUACGGCUACUCCUGGGAUAUGAUGGUGCACACGUGGGACACGUACUCUGUUGUUGUGAAGGUCGUCGACAAUGAGAAGAACAAAGAAUUUUACGUUGAUCCCCAACUCUAUACGCCUAAUGACAGGUGGACGAGACAUGGAGACAUGGUGCAUCAAUAUGCCAGAUGUUUAAGAGACAAUGUAAUUGACGUAUCUAAAAGGCUGAGUCAGACAGAGUCGGUAUUGUCCAACAAUUUGUCUGUUUAUAUAGAUGUUUGGUGUUCAUUAAACGGACGAUUCACGCAGCGUAUGUUCGAUCCUAAUGUUGAUAUAUUGACAGCUUACUGGUCUCCGUUCACUAAGACAUCUUAUCUGCUACCGCUUUUGGACGAAGCAUUGAAUUGGAGGAGCACUCUAGAUGGAAUACGAAAGGAAGUUCGAAAUUGGAACAAUUACAGCGAUGUUAUGUUCUUAGUGGAUUUUCCAGGUUAUGUACAAGAGAAGUAUAUUCCAACCGAGUUACACAACGUCACGCUAACGGUUCUAAAAGGUAAUGUGGCCUAUGAACCAGAGGUAAGCGAAAAGCGAGGACAUACUCAACGCCUCACCAGUGGAAACCGGAUCAAAGUGGUUUCUGGUUCCUUCCACAAAGUUCUUAAUAUUGGAGACAGCCCGUCGUACUAUAUGUACACAUUUUUUAACAACACAGAUAUGCACACUUCCACAAUGACAGACAAAAUUCAAAUUAAACUACCAAUUGGGAGGGAAUUAUUUAAAAGAUUUAGCGGUAUGGCAACAUUUGGAAAUUUGGUUCUAAGAAACAUAAUUCAAAUUGUUUUUAAAGCGUGGCAGUGUUGUUAAUAAAUUAAUAGAAAUUAUAUGUUUCGAUCAGUAUUCUCUAAGAAUAAAUAUAAAAAUAUAAUUAUAUUUAAUGUGCCCGAGACUUCAGCCUCGUGGUCGGGGUAAUACAUAAGUAGCCUAUGUUCUUUUUUAUUUCAAAUAUUAACAGCGUGUAUGCCAAAUUAUAAAUACCUUUACCAGAGGGAGACUUUGAACAAAAGUCGAUUGCUUGGGUACCUCUGUCUCAUUCGUGUUUCAACCGUGAAGCGGUUGUGUUUGCAUGGCUGUGUUUCGGUUUGAAGGGUGCGAUAUGGCGUGAAUUUACUGGGUACAGAGGAAUAACACCUGAGUCCUCAGGAAUGGCAACGCAUGGGGGGUAUCAUGGGCGAAACAGUAUACACUGUUAUGUCCGUGGUACUGCUCAUGUCUAUAGGCG